UUUCAAUGUAAAACGAAGUCUAGAAGCAUUUCGUUGAAAGAUGCCAAUUAACUCAGCAGCAGUCUGGACCAUUCUUAUUGUUGUUGGUACUACAACAGGAAAGGAAAUAAUUUUUUCUGAAAGUAUUUCGGAAGCAAGUUACGGCAAUCUGUUUGAAAGUGCUGGUUAUCCUAAUGUUGGGGAUAUACCGCUACUAAAUAGAAAAAUAUUCAAAGGGGUUCGAGUGUCUGUACAAGAACAUCCGUAUGUUGUAAGUGUACGAAGGAUGCUCAGCCAUUACGUGACAGGAGCGCUAUUGACCAGGAAACUGGUAAUUACUGUGGCACACCCUCUAUCUAAAGUUCCUAUAUAUGAACUAGGAGUAGUAGCUGGACAGACUUAUUCCGACCGAGGAACUACUUUAAGAAGCGUGGUCCUGGUCAUCUUCCACGAGGAGUUCGACCCUUACACACUGAAUGCUGACCUGGCUCUACUAAGAUUAUAUGAAGAAUUCGUCUUUAAAAUAUCCGUAAAGCCGGUUGGUUUGAUCGCCCCGUCGUUAAGUGUAAACGAUAAAAGAGCUUUCGUUACUGGUUGGGGAAGGUGCGAUCUCACGGGGAAAGAAUUAUGUUUGCCGCGCUCCACGAAGUUUUAUCCGGACGAGAAAAUUGAUCCAAUGAUGAGAACAAUCUCGUUCGUUAUAACGUCACCUAAUUAUUACUGCGAGGGAUACGAACGUCAUGAAACUCGCCUGAAGCCGGGCAUGAUAUGCCUGGGUAUAGCACGGGAGGAGAACGCGGUGACCCCAUGUUUGGCCGUACCGGGUGCUCCGCUUGUCAUUGACGGACACCUCGCUGGAUUACAGUCGUGGGGUUUUGGCUGCGGAUACCAAAAUGAUCUGCCAUUAAUCUACACCGAUAUGCGCCAUUACCAACCAUGGAUUCUACACAAUGUGCCAAUUUUACGAAAUCUAACUCAAUACAAUUUGACAGAAAUGUUUCAAGCAACAAGAGCUUACAGCCUUUCAAAGUGGCUCACUUUAACGAGAGAAAAUUUCGAACCUUUGACUCUUACGUUUGUCGACAAACCGAUAUUACAAACAGAUUUGGACAAGGAACUGGCAAAGCUGAGAGGAACCGUCUUUGAUAUUAGAGAUUUUGUAUAUUCCGGUGAAAUUCAUUUAUUGAAAAGUGAAAUGUUUGAAAACAUAAGAAACAGCACAAAUCACGAACAUAGGAAUAUCAGUAGCGUUGUUACAGCUAUCACUACCAAACCAUUUUUAGAUAAAGACAAAUUCAAUAGUGAAGAAGAUUCUUCAGAUUUCGAAGAUAUCGAAAAUUCUACAACAAAAUUAAAUGUCAAUGAGACUGAUAGUGUUGAAUCGCAGUACAACGUUAACCAGUUACAAGAGUUUUAUAUUUAAAACUAGCUGUUGCCUGCGACUUUAUAGCCUAUGUGUUCUUCCAGACUAUGUUCUAAGUCUAUACUAAAUUUUAGCCGGAUUCGAUCAGUCGUUCCCGAGAUACCUUCAAACAUCAAUCCAUCUAUCUAAAAAAUCGCAUUUAUCAUAUUAGUAAGUUAUUACCAAUAAGUACCAAUUAUAUAUAUGUCCAUGAAACUAUGAUACUUUAGUUAUGUUUCCUCUGAGUGACUUAAGAAUUACCUGUAUCAGUGAGGCAAAAACAAAUUAUGUAUAGU